AUGAAAUCUCCUGGGGUCGGGCUUCUUGUUGUCGAGGAAUUUUCUGCCAAUCGGGACAGGAUGAAGAGUACGCCGUAUACAACAUCCUGGUCACGGUUGACUUCCAGUGUGCUUCCAACGAUUGUGGAAAUUAGUGGGAUGAUCCAACAAACGCUUUCAAAAUUCGAUGUUGAUCUUGAUCUAGGAAGCAAUGAAGCAGCCACGCAGGUUAGCCUCAGGCACAGGUUUGCCCCUCCGAAGCGCAACAGCGAGAAAAAGAAUAUCAGCCCCACCAGCGGAGCUCCCGAGUGGCACCGCAACUGCAUUAGUCCCUUUCCCUUUGGCAUUCUUGCGUGGACGGAGUUUCUCAUUGACCUGUGCUCCCUAAAAAGCUGUGAAGGAGAAGGGGGAUGA